AUGCACUUCAUCGUAUCCUUGGCCCUUUUCACCACGGCUGCCUUCGCCCAGACUGGCAUCGUGGGUGGUGCUAGGAACCUCACGACCGUCACGCAGGUCGUCGACGAGAUCGUCACUUACUGCCCGGCCCCGACGGUGAUUACUAUCAACGAUGAGUGCUAUACCGUCACCGAGCCCACCACUCUGACCAUUACCAACUGCCCUUGCACCAUUACAACUACCGUCCCUGCUGGUCCUACCCACCCCGUCGUUCCCGUACCUGACGCAACUGGCGGCUACGUCCACCCCCCGACGCCCGAGUACACCCACACCGCCGCCGCCGGCCUCAACGCCGAGGCCGGUCGUAGCAUCUUUGGCCUGGCCGUCGCUGCUGUUGGUCUGGCUGCUAUUGUCCUGUAA